UCGCCAACAAAAUGGCAGCUCCCUCGAUGCGCGGCUUGUCUUGCUUAAACAGGGCUUUGGGAUGGUGGUCUCGACAGCCCAUCCUGAUGACUCAGGUCUCAGCUGUAGUUCCAGUUAGAACUAAGAAACGAUUCACACCUCCUCCUCAAGAACCCCAGUACCUAACACAGAAGGAAUUUCUAGAAUACGCCCGGAAAGCCGGAGUGGUAAUCCCUCCAGAACAGUGGGACCGCCCCAUCCAUCUGGCCUGUACAGCUGGUAUCUUCGAUGCCUACGUUCCUCCAGAGGGCGAUGCUCGCAUGUCACCUCUUUCCAAAGAAGGACUAAAGCAGAAAACCGAGCGAAUGAGGAAGAAUGUGGCAUCACAACUAUCCGUCCGGAAGAUAAGAGAAUAUGAUGCCGAUUUUAAGAUAAAGGACUUCCCUGAAAAAGCUAAGGAUAUCUUCAUCGAAGCUCAUCUUUGUCUCAACAACUCCAACCACAAGCAGCUCCACACCUUGGUCACUGAGCACUGCUUCCCGGACAUGGUCUGGGACCUCAGGUACAAGACUGUCCGCUGGAGCUUCGUGGAGUCUUUGGAGCCAGCCCAAGUGGUUCAGGUUCGCUGUUCCAGCAUGGUGAGCCAGGGCAGCCUGUUUGGCCAGGUCACAGUGCGCAUGCACUCGAGGCAGACUCUGGCUAUCUACGAUCGGUUUGGCCGGUUGAUGUAUGGGCAGGAAGAUGUGCCCAAGGACGUCCUCGAGUAUGUGGUGUUUGAGAGACACCUGACAGAUCCCUAUGGGGGCUGGAGGAUGCAUGCCAAGAUCGUUCCCCUGUGGGCGCCCCCAAAGCAGCCCAUCCUUAAGACGGUGAUGAUUCCCGGCCCCCAGCCGCAGCCAGGGGAGAACCAAGAAGAGGCCCCUGGAGAGGCUCCCAGCCCUCAGCUAGCUUGAUGGGAGGAUGAAAUACUGGGAGCAGACCCGCAGCAUUCCCUGUCUAGUCAGGGAUUAUAACCUGAAAUAAAAUGCCAUUGAGUGGUGGGUUUUGUUCAUACUGCCAGUUCAGGAGGAGGGAAGACCAGCCUUCAGAUUGCAGAAGUGAAAGGCCUCGCGGUUGGCAGUGUGAUUUCCAGAAGUCCAGGUCUGGAGAAGAAUCAGUGUCUAUAAAAUAGGGCAGCACUCAAGAGUGUGUCUUC